CUAACUCUGCCAACAUUUGCUUAAAGCUGCUGGUACAAUCUGAGACGCGUGAUAUUUUCCAUCGCCUCCGAGUGAGAUGGCAGUUAACUUGAAAGACAAAGACGCCUACCAAAGACUGAACUAUCUUUACCAGGCUGCACAUUGUGUUUUAUCACAAAAUCCAAACAACGUAGAGCUGGCUCGUUUUUACUGCUUCACACAGAAGACUAUAGCAAGACGUUUGGUCCUCAGACAAGACCCAUCCGUGAAGAGAACACUGUGCAAGAAGUGUUGCUCGCUGCUCAUUCCCGGUGUAACUGCUACGACAAGACAACGCAGAAAAAACCGCAAGACUCGCUUCACAGUGCUGAGGUGUCUCAGCUGUAGCCAGAGAAAGACCUUACUGAAUAAUCCCGAUUACUGUUUAUGGGCCGAGCAACCCGAGGCGCAGCUGGAGCAGCAGAAGCAGCAGAAGCAACCAGAUCCAGGCAUGUCUGCGAAAAAACAGCCCAAACCCAGACAGCCUGGUGAGUCACAGUCUUCUCAUCCUGGAGCUCCUCAGAGUUCUGCCAGCACGUAGCAGCCUCGGUUCCUCUCUCCUAAUGCAGAAUUAUUUAUUUUUUGUGCAACAUACUGUAUCUUCUGAUACUUUUUUUUUUUCCUCAUGAAUUUUCAUAGAUGUUUAACAAACAAGCUCCUCACUCAGCCAUAGAAAACUUUUUCUUGACCACUCUGCUAUAAACUGAGCAAAAAUUAUUUUUGUUUCACUUACUUCUGUGGUUGACCUCUAACCAGAUGAAGUUGGACGUUGUCCCCAUCAUCUCCUCAAUUAGUUCUUUUGCUGAUGUGACUUUUAGCAGGGUUUUUUUUUUUUAAGUUUAAGUUCAACAAGCCUUACUCAUGUCUCCGAUGACACAAUGUAAGAUGAUUGAAAUAUAUUUUGUUUUGUGACUGUGUGAGCUCUGUGAAACCAGCUAAAGCAAAUCGUGGUAUAAUUUACCAUACGCUAGACUAAACAGAUGUUUAACUGUACAUUACAACUUUAUUCUUGUAAAAUCAUGAUUUCCUUCUCAUAAUGUUUGAUAUAAUUUUUUUCUUCAAACAUUCAUUAUGUUCCAUAUACACAUAAAAUUACACAGUUUUAAUUUGAUGUAAAUGGCAAUUUGGAUAUAUUAGUUUCAUUGAUUUUAUGGGUGUGCGUACAGUUGAAGCUGGAGACGGUGCAAAAGAAAAUUAUAACUUUAUUGAAAACAGGCGAAAAAUAGAACAAUUAAGUUCUAUUUUAUGCUAUUUUUUUUUUCAAUUCUCUUCCAGGCUUGUUCAGUUAAAAUAAACAUGUUAACCAUU